UGCCUCUGUAACUUCCAGAAUCUUCUAAACUGAAUGUCUCCUCUCUCACUGAAUUGAUACAUGAGAGUGUUCAAUAAAAUAAUCCAUUAGUGCUUCCUAGAUGUCUAGAAUUUUCUUACUUUGGCCUAUUUAAUUCUUCAAACUCAACCGUGCGCCUUCUCCAUAUUUGGGCGUCGAACCUCACAACUGCUCGUUUUAACUGCCUGGAUGACUUUCCUGAUGAGGAAACCCUGAUUCUUCACCUUUGCUAGAAAAGAAGAAUCCAAAGCUCCGAUAAUCAUCAUUCCCCAACUUUCUACCUAAUCCCAUUUCAAUUCCGCCGCUGAGUUUCCGAUUUUAUUAUCAGUUUUGCAGAAUCUUUUCCCUCCCCUGUUUCUGGAUUUGACCUUCCAUCACUAGGUCAACCCGCAAUUUUCUUUCGAUUUUCAGCUUACUUUCCUUUCAUGUUCUACUUAUGAUGUGCUUAUUCAGUGCCAAAUUCUUCAUUAGUUUUGUAUCUGCAAAUUUCGCAUUGAAGGAACUUUUGUCAUAUUGACUCGACGCUUCUUCAUUAGAAUACUCUGCAUCUAGGUAGAAAACUGAACAAACCAGAAACGUCUGAAUCAUCUUGCGGAGGAAUUUGAGAAUGGAUUACCCGUAUCCAGUGAAAGAAGAGUACUUGGAAGCGACUUCAUCUCAUUCAGGAGGUGAAGCAUCAACAAUUCCCCCUCCGCAGCCAAUGGAGGGGCUUCAUGAGCUGGGGCCGCCACCAUUUCUGAUCAAGACAUUCGACGUGGUGGACGACCCAGCCACCAAUUAUAUGGUUUCUUGGAGCAGAGGGGGCACUAGUUUUGUGGUUUGGGAUCCACAUGCCUUCUCCAUGAGUCUCCUUCCCAGAUACUUUAAGCAUAACAAUUUCUCAAGCUUUGUCAGGCAAUUGAACACUUAUGGUUUUAGGAAAAUUGAUCCAGAUAGAUGGGAGUUUGCAAAUGAAGGAUUUCUGAGAGGGCACAAGCAUCUUUUGAGGAACAUAAGGAGAAGGAAGGCACCUGCUAAUUUGAGUCUUUCUCAACAAGCACAACAACAAGGUCAUUGUGUUGAAGUCGGAAGGUUUGGACUGGACGAAGAAAUUGACCGUUUGAGGCGAGACAAGCAGGUGUUAAUGAUGGAGCUGGUGAGGCUUAGGCAACAGCAACAGAACACUAGAUCAUAUCUUCAGGCAAUGGAGCAAAGGUUACAAGGCACGGAAAAAAAGCAGCAACACAUGAUGGCUUUCUUAGCCAGAGCUAUGAAAAAUCCAGCCUUUCUCCAGCAACUGCUCCAACAGAAAGACAAGAGAAAGGAGCUUGAAGAAGCCAUAACCAAGAAGAGAAGAAGGCCAAUUGAGCAAGGACCGAGCUGUGGUGGGGAAUCUAGCACUGGUGGUGAAGCAACGUACCCUAUUAAAGCUGAGCCUUUAGAAUUUAGUAACUAUGGGUUUGGAGUGUCAGAAUUGGAAGUGUUAGCUAUGGAAAUGCAGGGUUAUGGUAGGGGCAGAAGAGAACAGGAGGCGGCAGAAGGACCACGGGAGAGGCUGGGAAAAGAACUAGAUGAGGGUUUCUGGGAAGAACUGUUCAGUGAAAAUUUUGAGGGUGAGAUAGACAUUCCAAGCACUGAAGGUGACGAUGAAGAUGUCAAUGUCUUGGCCAAUCGCCUAGGCUACUUGGGUUCGAGUCCUUCGUAAACCACUGAAUGAAGGCUCAGUUUGAAUCGCGAAGGAUCUUGAUAUAGGGAAGAAGCAACGCAAAUGGAGAAAUAAUUUACUUUUUAACGUGCUUCUAAGUUCUAACCCUAAUCUAUCUGUGUCCUCCAGUAUAAUUUUGGAAAACCUCAAUUUUCUCACUUUUCUCAAUGUUGAUUAGGUAGGUUGCAGCUGGUGCUUGUGCAAGAAAUCUGUGAUAGUGAUAGCGGUCGUAAUAUUGAUCUCAAGGUUCAGUUAUUUUCAACCAAUCACAUCUCAUGUAAUGGCAUCAAGCCACAUAUCUGCCUCUUGUAAUUUUACUUUGUUGGACCGUCUAGGGAUUGUAGAUUAUGAUCAGAUGCUGUAAAGUGGACAAGAAGUGGCUGAACUCCAAGAACCAGAUCAUGGUUGACUUGUCGGUUUGAAUUUUUUUUGCCCCUUUUUACAUUUUUAUGUUUUGUCUAUUGUCAUCGUGGUUAGAAAGGAAAAGCGAGGCCACAGUUUGACAAAUUUCAUGAUGUUACGUUUGUGCAUGAUUUUCCCAUCUCUUCAUCUCCGGCCGGCUUCUUAACAAAUUAUUAGUGGGCUCUCAACAAAAGACUUGUCCCUCUGCAAAGCAUGAUCAAAUGAUGAAAGGAAUCAUUUUUUAUUUUGUUUGUGUCUGUGUGGUGGUUUCCUUAGCUUGGACUAAAAAAAGAUAUCAUAUCGAAUGGAAAUGAUAUAUGUGAAAAAUUUACAUAUAGCCAACAGGUUUAUUGUCAUUGCUGUUGUUGGUCUUCUAAGGCUUACACCACCACAAGAUUGCUUAAACCUGUGGUACAGUUUGUUCUGUUAUCCUUUUUGUGGAGUACAGUGUUUUGUGAGGCUAAAAGUGCAAAGCAAUGAAGAAAAAGGUGCGAAGUCAAGUGAUGUAGUUGAAUGAAUCUGGGAUUUUUGAAUGCUAAAAGGGAAGUCGUGGUCAAGUCGUCUGGGAAGUGAUUUGAGAAAAAAGUUUAAGAGGGGGGUCUGUUAACAUAUCAAAAGGGUAUUUCUAGCUUUCCAAGAUGAAGAGAGCCCCUUUUUUGUCUAAUUCUAAUUCCAUUAGGAGAGGCCACCAGAUUGCAUGUGUUUAUGGAAUGUUCAUUAUCCGUUUGAUUAUCUUGUCAAAAAGCUAGCCCUUUUACUUCUUUUCUCAUGCUUAAUGACAUUCUCUCUGAACUCGCAAGGCUGCAGAUUGCAGGUGAAAGAUGUGGAAAUACAUGUACUGAUGGUUUAUCGAGGAAGGUUACUUGGUAGUUCUAAGCUCUCAUAAUUUGCGUUUUCCCCCACUCACACUUUCUACUUUCAUAAUUCCAAGUGAUUAUACUACUUCCAAUUCUAAAUAUAAGGUCUAUUUUGAAGUAUAAUUUACAUGACAAAGUAAAUUUUAUAUUCAAGACCGGAAAUAGCAUUAUCUUGUAGUUUGAUGGCAGCGUCCAAGAAACUGUAAGAUGGCAAGCCAGAGAACACGACGCAGUUGUUGAUGUGGACCUUAUCCCAUGCCUGGUACUUGGGAGUUUUCCUUUCGGUACCGCGGGCAUGGUUAGGCAUGGGGUACCACGUCCGUUCCUGAAGCAGGACGGAGCGCUUCUUGACUUCUGUAUGAUGAUCAAAGCGUUGUUAUUAUUAUUAGGAGUGCAUUAUUUUAUCGUUGUUUUUGUUUUUUCUCAUACUCUUGAUUUUACUUUUAAGCUUCUUCAUGUUGUGCGGUCAUUGGCGAAGACAUGGAUGGGUUCCAAUACCUCAUCUUACUAUCUUACAAUUCCAGCAGUUGGAGGCAUCUGAUUGUUGAAGAACUAUCGUUUUCCAUGUAUUACAUAGAGUUUGCUGUUCAUUUGUUCUUGUGAUUUUAAAUAUUGAAAAUGAAACUUUCUACUGGAUA